GUCGUCGGCUUGCUUCUUCACCACCGCGAGGCACACUCGGUGUUUGCAAGGGGAGCUCGCAAUUGAGCAGAGGAGGAUAUUUGUGGCGCUCUGCAUUGCAAGCUAUGGCGACUCUGCAAGCUUCAACCUCGAUUUCGACUCUGUUUUGUGGGCCUCGGACGUCGGUGUCGCGAUUGGCAGCGCCGGGGACGACGUCGAGAUUACCUGUAACUCGUCGCUCGAAGCAGGUGAAAUUGGCUCCACUAACCCUAGCUCCAUCAACCCCCGAGGUUCUGGUUCGUGGCUUAGUUGAUUCACAGGCGGAUAUAUUGCCACGGAUGGAGGAAUUGGCCACUUGUAAAUAUAAUGAGGAUGAGAUUAAUGAGCGAGUGAGUAGCUUGGAUUGUGUUUCGGUUAGUGAGUUCUUAGGGUCCGCUAAUGGCACCCUGGAGAGAUUUGUGAGGGAAAAUGCUCGGGAGUUAGCUAUAGGUAGUCUCGCGCUUGCUCUGUUUUGUCUUCCUGACGAGCGUGCGCUGGCAUUGGGGCCCGAAGGACCACUGUUGGAGGAGUUUUGGGAUAAUGUUCGGCGGUAUGGUUUUUACUUCUUCACUGUGGUGUCCGGAGGAUUGUACAGCUUGACGAAGCCGCUGUUGGAUCUUUUGAAAGACCCGUCGACGCAAAUCUUGGUUGCUAUAGCGGUAUUCGGCACUCUGUAUCUCGUGUACCUGACUGUUAGUACGAUGCUUGGCUUAAAUGAUUUCUCUUAUGAGUAUGCUCAAUAAAUGAAGAAAUGGCUUUGUCCUUACUCUUUUGAUUGGCAUA